CGUGAGAAACUCGCGGUGCAUUGUGGUCUGCUGGAGGUCUGAGAGGGUCAGUUUGAGUGAUCAUGGCCGCGGUGUGUUUCUCCUUGAGCCGCUGCAGUGCUUCUGUCGUCCGUCCCGCCGCCGCCUUCACGGUGGUGCGGUUCGCACAGACAGCGGCAGCACCUGCUGCUCAGCCCGGAAUCAAGUCGUUUCAGAUCUACAGAUGGGAUCCCGACAGAGCUGGAGACAAACCUCGCAUGCAGACCUACGACAUCGACCUCAACGCGUGUGGGCCGAUGGUUUUAGAUGCUCUGAUCAAGAUCAAGAAUGAGAUCGACCCCACGCUGACCUUCAGACGCUCCUGCAGAGAGGGAAUCUGUGGAUCUUGUGCCAUGAAUAUUAACGGCGGAAACACUUUAGCGUGUCUGAACAAAAUUGAUGUCAACACAAGCAAGGUGACGAAGAUUUACCCGCUGCCCCACAUGUAUGUGGUGAAAGAUCUCGUGCCCGACAUGAGCAACUUCUACGCUCAGUAUAAAUCCAUCGAGCCGUACCUGAAGAAGAAGGACGAGUCUAAAGAGGGUCAGCAGCAGUACCUGCAGAGCGUGGAGGACAGACAGAAACUGGACGGUCUGUACGAGUGUAUUCUGUGUGCCUGCUGCAGCACCAGCUGUCCCAGUUACUGGUGGAACGGAGACAAAUAUCUGGGGCCGGCCGUCCUCAUGCAGGCGUAUCGCUGGAUGAUCGACUCGCGGGAUGAUUUCACCGAAGAGAGACUCUCCAAACUACAGGAUCCAUUUUCACUCUACCGCUGUCACACCAUCAUGAACUGCACCAAAACCUGCCCCAAGGGUUUGAAUCCAGGCAAAGCCAUCGCGCAGAUCAAGAAGAUGAUGGCCACGUACAAAGAGAAGAAAACAGCGUCUGCAUAAAAUAUCACAAGAAUACUAACACACACAUGACACGACACAACAGAGAGACACAAUCAUGCUGCAUUCGUCUGGUUAUUAAAUGCUAUAACGUGUGAUGUAUAACGUCAUGUGAGAGAGACAGAAGUGUGUUCAGCUUGUGUCUUUGGCGUUGUAUGUGCUAAAUAAUGAUUACAUUAAAAUUCUGCUCUGAUCCAGAAAUGAGA